CAACAUAUCUUUACUUAAUACAAACCAGAAACGUUGAAAAAAGAAGGCAGAAUCAUAUGGAGACAAUAGAAAUCCCAAGUCUGGAUUCUGGUUCGUCUGCUCCUUCUUCUUCAUCAUCGUCGUCAUCCUCCUCAUCAUCAUUGCCAGUAUCACCGCCCAGCAACAAUAUCACAUGUAUCGAUCGUAAGCUUUACAAGGCUGCAGUUAAAGGAAAUUUCAAGGAAUUCAUCAAUGUCCAAAGCAUUGAGUCUAUCCUCACACCAAACAAAAACACGGUCCUUCACGUGCACUUAACAUCCACAGAAACAACUCCAAGUCUACUUCCACUACCAUUCCUCCUAAAGAUUCGAAUUAAAUUUCUAAAUCUAAUCAGAUACAAAAGUAUCAAACAAGAACCCGUUUCAGAACGUUUCGUACAACAGAUUUUAGACAAGUGUGAAGGUCUACUUCUGCUUCCCAACAUCAAAGGAGAAACGCCCCUUCACUUGGCUGCUAGGUACGGACACUCGGCUAUAGUAAAUUUACUAAUAGAGCGUGCCAAAGUUUUGUUGCUUGAAAUUGAGAGUGGAAUUGGUGCAGAAAAAAGGCUUUUAAGAGCUGAAACCCAAGAGAAUGAUACUGCGUUACACGAGGCAAUACGGCAUUGUCACUAUGAAAUAGUAGAAAUCUUGCUAAAUGAGGAACCUGAACUUUCAAAUAUUGCUAAUAAAGCCAAAGAGACUCCACUUUUCUUGUCUUCAGAGAGGGGAUAUAUGCAAAUCGUGUCUAAGAUAUUGGAGCGAGUGGAAUCACCUGCAUAUGAAGGACCCAAUGGACGAACGGCACUGCAUGCUGCGGUGAUUAACGGUGAUCUAGAAAUGGCAAUAAAUCUUCUAAAGAAUGAAUAUGUGAGAGCCGCCACUAAACAUACAGAUGAAAAUGGUUGGACUCCUCUUCAUUAUGCAGUUAAAGUUCGCUCCAAAUCGUUGACAGAGUUGUUACUGAAACAAGAUGAAAGCACAGCAUACAUGCAAGAUAAAGAGGGAAAGACAGCACUUCACAUUGCAGCAUACUAUGGUCAUUUUCAAAAUAUGAAGGCCAUAAUAAAAUUCUGUCCAGAUUGUGCAGAGGUAGUGGAUAAUAAAGGCCGCAAUGCUCUGCAUUAUGGUGUGAAUGCAGAACGCCGCUUUGUAGUUAGUAAAAUGAUGCAGAACCUCUCACUAAGUGGCCUUUACAAUGAGAGGGACAUUGAUGGAAACACACCCUUACAUCACCUUGCAUAUUCUCGUCUCGAUAGUUGGGAACUGAUUUUUCAUCGCAGAAUAGACAAAUUAGCUUUGAAUAAAAAAGAUCAAACACCUCUUGAUAUUGCCUAUACUACUGUUGAAUAUUCAACGCUGCGAAAAAAGGGCAUAAUUUGGGGAUUACAAAAAGUUGGAGCUAGAGUAAGCCAACGACUCAUCACUUUAAAAUCAAAGAAUAUGGGUCCUGGCUCGAAGUUAACGUUUACAAAAGAAGCAAAAGAGUCACAUUUAAUAGUGGCAACUCUGAUUGCAACGGUAACAUUUGCAGCUACAUUUACCCUACCGGGAGGUACCGUGCAAGACGGUGAGCUUAAGGGUACACCUAUCUUCAGGGACAAAGCUUCUUUCAAAGCUUUCAUUGUUUCAAACACCAUAGCAAUGGUUAUGGCCGCUUCCGCAGCUUUCAUACACCUUUUCUCACCGUUGAACAAAGCUAAGUACUUGGACUAUUACUUUUGCGAAGCAGCCUUCUCUUUUAUUUUGAUUGCAAUAGCAGCAAUGAUCGUAGCAUUUGGAACAGGAACAUAUGUUAUAUUGGGAUCUUCCUCAAUUGGGAUUUCAAUUAUCACGGUUGGGUUAUCGUUCUUCCUCGUCUUCAGGCAAGUGCUGUACAUGAGUUUUGAAGGCAACUCUAUCUUUACAUUCAUAAAGAAUUUAGUGAAUGCAAUGGUUUUUCCAUUCCUAAAAUUUGCUGCUAGACCAUUUGGCUUCUAUUUCCUUUUAUUCAAAAGGACAUAUGAUCCUGAAGGAAGAAUCAUCUUCUAGUGCUUUUUUCGUUUGUAGCUAUUUAUUACCAAUUUAAUAUACAUACAUACCCAUGGGACUGUAAUAUA